AUGGAUAAAGUAGCUUAUCUCCUAAACCUAUUGGGAGAUGAUAUAAAUCGGCUUGAUUUUCUGGAUGUACAUCCUCCCAAUAUCUACAACAACCUUGCAAAGAUGAUUACCACUCUUCCGUUGGUCGAAGAUACCUACGAGUCAGAAACCACCUUGGCUCAAACCAAGACCGAAAAGUCCAUCAGAUCCAUCUACAAAGACAUAAUUCUGAGCCACAAACACUUCAACAACUUCUUUGAAACCCAAAAUCACCUCAAAUAUAUCUCAAACAGCUUACAAAUCUCACUUCCUCAUCAUUAUAGCAGUUUGGAUCCGAACCAUUCAUGGAUGUUAUAUUGGCUCAUCAAUUCUGGUCUUGUGUUAAACCACGAAUUCCCACAAGAAAUCACCCAACUUGCCACCGAAAAAAUGAAGACGUUGAUUGUUGAUAAUGGAAAAGGGGGUAUUGCAGGAGGCAAGAACCAAUUGGGUCAUGUGGCUUCUACAUAUGCUGGUAUAUUGUUGUUGGUGUGUCUCAGAGAGUAUGAGCUUUUAGACAGCAUCAGGUACAACUUGCACUCAUGGUUUUUGAGGUUGAAACAACCCGACGGGUCAUUCGUAAUGCAUUAUAACGGUGAAGCAGAUGCCAGAUCCAUGUACUGUGUCUUAGUGGUGUGUUCGUUGUUAAAUGUGUUGACUGAUGAGAUCCGUGAAGGGGCUUUAGGCUGGAUCAAACAGACCCAAACCUAUGAAGGUGGGUUUGCGGGGGUCCCCAAUACAGAGGCACAUGGAGGUUACACCUUUUGUGCAUUUUCCAGCUUAUUCUUGCUUUUGGGACAAAAUUGUAACAAUAGAGUGGAUUUGAAAAAUGCUUUACAAACCAGUAUAGAUCUCGAGAAGUUCAUCAAAUGGGUUGUCUCACGACAAUUGAAUUUAGAGGGAGGCUUGAGUGGAAGAUCGAAUAAGUUGGUUGAUGCUUGUUACAGUUUCUGGGUAGGAGGAUGCUAUGGACUUCUUGAGUCUGUAUUAGCAGUCGACAUUUUCGACAAGCAAGCGUUGAAAAUCUAUAUAAUGAAUUGUGCACAGAACAAAGAUGGAGGGUUUAAGGAUAAGCCCGGUAAAAGCAUUGAUUUCUAUCAUACAAAUUACUCUUUAAUGGGUUUGAGCAUAUGCGAGCAUUCUGUUGCAAUCGCUGAAGACAAAAAUAUCAACAAAACACCAGAUUUCUUCGGAUAUAACUUCACGUACGCUGAGGUUAAUGAUGACAUAAACACCACAGAAAUCAAUUGCGUGUUUGGUCUCCCCGAAGUUUUGUCUAAAGCUUGCAAAAAUUAUUUUUUGGAGUGUGACAAAUAA